UGCGCCUGUAACCUGGUUGUUACGUUACUCUGGAUUCCUGGUGCUCCUGGUUUAGCGCCAUUACGACAACCGAACGCCGCAGAGUCUCACUGCAGCAAAAACGACGAUCUGCUGCCAAAGUCAGUUUGAUCAUCAAGCUGAAGGAGAUCAUCGGGGGAAGAGGUACACAGCGUGGGAUAGUUAUCUUCAUACAGAAUAACCUGCACUAGUCUGAGUUCAUGCCGGAUUUCGAGCACUUCAGAUUUUCUUACUCAAGAAUGAAUCCGGUCUUGGGAGAGAAUGGCUUCCUGGCCCCACAACAGCAGCACCAUCACAUGACGGGCCAGACAGACUCUCCCAUGCCGGACUCCGCGAGCUAUUUCUUGGGUGACCACACCGGGUUCGGUCCGGAUGGAUUUUAUAGACUGGAUCUUGGGGCCUUACCACCGCCUGGCCUCUCAUACCUGAGUAGCCCUCUGCACCGUGUGCCUCCAUCAGCUACGGUGCUACGCAACGACUUUGGUUCCAACAUCAGCGUGCUCAAGACUUUGAAUCUGCGCUUCCGGUGUUUUUUGGCUAAAGUCCAUGAGCUAGAGCGCCGGAACAAGGUACUGGAGAAGCAGCUGCAACAAGCUUUGGAGGAUAACGCCAGAGGGGCUGGAUACCACAAACCCCUGACCAAAGAGAUCGGGGUCCAGACUGGAUUUAUCGGACCAAUCCCAGCGAGACCAAAUGUUCUUCCACUCCACAAUGUUAAUAAUUCUGCCUACCUGCCUGGUGGUCUCCUGUCUCCCACCCUGAACCCACUGCCUCACUUUGACACCAGUGCCAACAAAUACCUGCUGGGCAGUAACCUGAACCCCUUCUCCAUGGAUUCAAACUCCAACCUCACCACAUCUUGUUUUUCCAUCAGUCCUGCACAGAGUCCAAGUACCGACGCACCCAAAACCUUAAUGAACAUCAAUGACAAGUACACCAGUCACACGGGGGUCAACAUCCACGCUCCUCCCUCACGUUUCCUCCCAGGGACCAUCUGGUCUUACAAUCCCACCCACCGGUCUGGCACCAGCAGGGAGUCAUGCGCCAUAGGACCUGGGGUCUCCUGGACACAUUCAGAUGGGGUCGGGGUUCAGAUUGACACCAUCACUCCGGAGAUCAGGGCCCUGUACAACGUGUUGGCCAAAGUGAAGAGAGAACGAGACGAGUACAAGAGAAGAUGGGAAGAGGAGUACACGUCUAGGAUGGAUCUGCAGGAGAAGAUUGCUGAACUAGAGGAGGACCUGCAGGAGAGCGAACUGUAUCAGGAUGAGUUGGUUGUCAGGGUCAAGCAUCUGAAGGCGGAGCUUGUUCUCUUCAAAGGACUCAUCAGCAAUAACCUAUCAGAUCUGGACAGUAAGAUCCAGGAGAAGGCCAUGAAGGUGGACAUGGAUAUCUGCCGGAGGAUUGACAUCACGGCCCGACUCUGUGACGUCGCCCAGCAGAGGAACUGCGAGGACAUGAUCAGUAUCUUCCAGGUAGCCACGCCUCCCUCCACCCUGAGCCGCCAGGCCAGGAAGCAGAGCGGGCAGUCUGCAAAGGGUGGGGACGGCGACGAUUCCAACAGCGUGUCUGAGAGCGAGGGAGGCGGAGUCAAAGAUGAGGAGUCGUACAGUGUGUCAGCCAAUCAGAUCAAUGAGCAGAUGCAGAAGAUGCUGAAUCAGCUGAGGGAGUGCGAGUUUGAAGACGACUGCGACAGUCUGGCCUGGGAGGAAACGGAGGAAACGCUGCUGCUCUGGGAAGACUUUCCCGGAUACACAACGGCUGUGGAAACGCACGGAGAAGUGAGCGCACGAGAACUGCAGCAGGACGAGUCCAUCGAGAAGGUGAUUAAAGACACAGAGUCUCUGUUCAAAUCCAGAGAGAAGGAAUACCAGGACACCAUAGACCAGAUCGAGCUGGAACUGGCUACAGCAAAGAGUGACAUGAACCGUCACCUACACGAAUACAUGGAAAUGUGCUCCAUGAAGCGAGGCCUGGACGUUCAGAUGGAGACGUGCAGGAGACUCAUCACACAGAGUGGAGACAGGAAGUCCACGUCGCUCAUCCUGACUGUGGACGACUCGGACAGCGAGGAGAAGGACAGGAAGAAACCCGCUCUGCCCGCCCAGUCAGAGAGCAGCGAAUCUUCCUCUGACACCAGCGCCGCCAUCACUCCUCUGGGCUGGCGGAAACCAUGACAACUGUUUGACGCAGUGACAUCACG